AAUUACUGAAAUAAAUGAACUUUUCCACGACAUUCUAAUUUAUUGAGAUGCACCUGUAAAUGAAAAUAAGUUAGGAUGCACAUUCUGCAAAGAUGCCAAGCACCUGUUUGGAACACAAAAGGGAAUACAGGUGUCAGAGGAGUGGGCUUCUGGAGAGGUCUCAGCAAAGGAUGUCAGGGCCAUGAGAAAGAAAAUCUACAAACAUAAAAACAGCAUAGCUCACCGAAGACAACAGAAAUAAAUCAACAGAGAGAGAAAGAGGUGUUGCCCACCUUAACAGACAUGUUAAAUUCUUUCUUACAAGUUCUUUCUGAGACUGUGCAUUCAUUUAGAACAGCAUAUUUUGUUGCAAAGGAAAGGUUAGCAUUCUUAAAAAUGAAUGGCUUGGUUGAGUUACAAGAAAUGAAUGGAGUAAAAACUGUCUCCAGUCACAGAUCUGACCACUCUUGCAUUAAUAUAAUAACACAUAUUGCCAAUGAAUGAGAAGAAAAAUUGUCUCAACAAUUAAAACUGUUGGCUCAUGGAUUGCUCUUACAUGGAUGAAAGCACAGUGUUUGGGAGAAGCUACCUCAUCCUAUGCCUCAGGGGAGAUAUGACGGGGGAAGGUGAAAUUGAAAAUAUAUUUCUGGAUUUGAUUGAGCUGGAGGAAGGAGCAACUGCUGAUGCCAUAUACAAAGCUCUUAAAAAGCGUCUUCUAGAAGUCUGUCUUAAGUCUCACCUGAUUUGCAUAACAACAGAUGGUGCAUCUGUAAUGACUGGAAGAGAAAGUGGUCUAAUAACAGUAUCCACUGCCUUGCAUACAGGCUUGAGUUGUCUGUAAAUGAUGCAUUCAAGUCAGUCACAGGUUGCAACCACUUUGAGAUAUUUAUUUCAAAGUUAUAUACACUGUACUAUCAGUCACCAAAAAAUGACAUACAGCUUACUGAAGCGGCCUCUCAUGUUAACAUCAGCCUGCUUAAGAUUGGUCAAGUGUUUACCAUCCUUUGGGUAGCAAAUAGUUUUAUGACUGUACAAGCUGUUUGGAGAGAUUUUUCUGCUUUGGCUGAGCAAAUGAGAAAAUCUACUGAAGAUGGUCACGUUCAGAUGCGUAACGAAAAAAUUCAAAGGGCUACUGAAGCGCCUCACAUGCAGUGGUUUUGUCAAGGACCUGGCAACCAUAAAAGAUGUGCUGCGUGAAAUUCAGAGUCUAUCCCUGAAACUUCAGAGCAGAAGCACUUCUCUGAUGGAUGCCACAUGGGAAAUAAAUAUGACGAUUGAGGUGCUUAAGGCUAUGAAGACCACACGAGGGACAUCAGUGGAGAAAGUGGAGGAAGGUCUUAACAAAGCAGAUUUCAAAGGAGUGCCCUUGCAUUUCAGCAAGGAAAAUAUAAAUCAGUUACAGUUCCUCCAAGCCAUCAUUGACAGUCUAACUUCACGAAUGCCUGACCCCGAACUCACAAAGAUUCUAGCACCACUGGAUCCCCUCAGCAGGCCAAAAAAUAGGGAGUCCCUUGUUCUCUUUGGGGAAAAAGAGAUCCAUGACUUUGCAAAGAAGCUUGGAGUACCAAGUAGAGAGGCAGUUGAGGACAUCAGGUUUUGGAAACUCAACAAUAACCAGAAUGGGAAGAUCCUAAAAAAGCUGUUGACUGCAAGCAAGUCAUGCCUGGUAAGUUCAGCUGAAUGUGAAAGAGGUAUCCCUGCUCUAAAUUUCACUGCCACAGAUGCAAGGAAUCGCCUUUGAACCAGAAGCCUCUCUCCAGUGCUGUUUAUUGACACAAAUGGCCCUCUAUUGACCCUUGCCUCUAUAUUCAGUCCUGGCUGAGGGGGAAACAUUGUCUGUCAACUGCCAGCAAAACAGGGAGAGGCAAAUCUGCUGACUAAAAUAGGCCACUAUGGGCCAUAAACAGCAGUGCAUAGAGAUGCACUCUCUCAGGAAAGGUUCUCUUCACCACUGCUUUAUGUUCUGUUUACAUUGCUAAUAGCACUGAGAGAAAGAGUGAAAAGACCAUGUAAAAUGUAUUUCUUUUGGACAGCAUCCUUUUCUGUGUUUUUGUUUAAUAAAGUAGUUAAGUCAGAAGAAGAACAACCCCAUUACACAAUCAGGUCUCUGCAUAAUUGUUAUAUUUUAUCAUGCAGAAUGUAAUUAUUGAUACAGUUGGAAAUGUGUGUGUGUGUGUGUAUAUAUAUAGAUAUAUAUGUGUGGUACGAUGGUGGGGGGUUGAGGUUUGGUUAGGAGGGGACCCCCCAAGAGCUCUGGCACAAUUCGAACACUGCCUAUUACAUAUACUGAACAAAAAUAUAAACGCAACAUGCAACAAUUUCAAAGAUUUUACUGAGUUACAGUUCAUUUAAGGAAAUCAGUCAAUUGAAAUAAAUUCAUUAGGCCCUAAUCUAAUCUAAUCAAUGCGUAUGGAAAAUUUCUGGGAUCUUUUAUUUCAGCUCAUGAAACAUGGGACCAACACUUUACAUGUUGCGUUUAUAUUUUUGUUCAGUGUACAUAAAAGGUCAAAUGGUGGAAUGGGCUAGUAGUUACAAGUACCUUGAAACUAUCAUUGACAACAAGUUGCGUUUUGACGCGCAUGCUGAGGCAUUAUGCAAAAAGGCCAGCAGCUGCUACAUUGUCUAUGGAGGCUCUCUUCUUUUGAUUACAGUAGGACUCUUAUGAGCUUGUAUUAUAAAUCUUACAUCGAAUCUGUACUUUGCUUUUCUAUCUGCUGUUGGUAUGGUAAUUUACAUUUUAAACAUCAGAACACACUGAAUGGUAUUGUCAAUCAAUGUGGUAAGAUCAUAGGCAUUAAGCAGACUGGAUUAUCAAAUAUUUUUGAACGGUUUGUUUUACAGAAAGCCAGAGCCAUUCUUGCCGAUCAUAACCACCCACUGUUUCAUGAAUUCAUAGAGCUUCCUUCUGGUAUUCGUUAUAGUAUGCCUAGACUUAUAAGUAAUCGGUAUAGGAAUUCCUUUAUCCCCACUGCUGUAAGGCUUUUAAACUUGUAAGGUAUUUGAAUGUUAUGUUUUGAUGUUAGUGACAUUUUAUGUAAUGAAUGUUUUAAUGUUUUUGUAUUUUAUGUUCACAAAUUUUUAUGCUGCACCAAAAAUUGCCACUUUAUAAUAAAGCUUGACUUGACUUGACUUAAAGCUGCUGUACAGGAAUGCAAUCCACCAGAUUAUGAUUAGUUUUACAUGACUGCAUGAUUAGCCUACAUGACCAUAAUUUUUUCUGGUUUCAUUUAUAAGCUGUAGUUGUAAUUCAAGUAUGUCUCUUUGUUACUU